UCAUAUCUAGAUUUGUACUGCCUGAUAAUAGGCUAAUUGCAUUUAGGUAUUAAUGUAAUAAUAUUCAGAAUAUUGUAUAAGCACGUCUCGGUCACUACCUGCACCAUGCAAUCGAGGUUGCUUCAAAUAGCCUCUGUUUUGGCAGCUGUUUUUGUAUCUCUGGUGCAAGGCCCACCUAUUCCAGCAGAAGGAGAAACAAAUGUUUGGCCUGUGCGAUUACUUAUCAAUAUACUUGGCUAUGCAACUCUUGUGGUUCCUGCAGCACUUCUGAUAAAAUAUCUCAAAAAAAUCAACUAUAAAGAAAAGGGCAGUGGAAUAUGCUUUCCUGUUGUGAAAACGUGUGUAUUUGGAGAUGAAGUUGGUGAACACAAGACAACAGACCAGCCGGCUCCUUUGAACAUAACAACUCGAGAACCAUCAACAUUCGUCAGUGGGAUCAAAUUAGCAUUUUGUGCUGUUGGCUUACAGGUGUCAUAUUUGACAUGGGGUGUUAUUCAAGAGAGGAUAAUGACAAUUGAAUAUGGUAAAACUGAUGAUACACCAGGAGAAAAAUUUGGAAAUUCACAAUUUUUAGUCUUUGUGAAUCGAUCGCUGGCCUUCAUUGUCGCAGGACUAUACAUCACAUUUACAAGGCAACCUAGGCAUGGUUGUCCAUUGCACAAAUUUUCUUAUUCAUCAAUUUCUAAUAUAAUGAGUAGCUGGUUCCAAUAUGAAGCUUUAAAAUAUGUCAGCUUUCCAACACAGGUUUUAGGGAAAGCGUGUAAAGUUAUUCCUGUAAUGUUGAUGGGAAAAGUAGUUUCAGGAAAUACUUAUGAAUUUUAUGAAUGGGCUACUGCUGGAAUGCUCUCUGUUGGAAUAAGUUUAUUUUUAUUAUCACAAGGGCAAUCUGGUAAGCAUGCAGCACAUGAUGCUAUAGAUAUUACAAAUGAUGCAGCGGGGGUUGUUGUUCUAUCUGGAUUUAUACUCAUGGUGGGAUACAUGGCCUUUGACAGCUUCACUUCCAAUUGGCAGGGCCAGCUUUUCAAGACGUACAAAAUGUCAUCAUUUCAAAUGAUGUUUGGAGUAAAUCUUUUCUCAUGUUUGUUCACAUCCGUGUCAUUAUUAGAACAAGGAGGAUUUUUUCAAGCAUUUGCUUUCAUGGCGUCGCAUUUGGAUUUUGCAAUGCAUUCAGUAAUUCUCUCGAUUUGUUCAGCAGUUGGACAGUUAUUUAUAUUUUACACAAUAUCAGAAUUCGGCCCUGUUAUUUUCACAAUUAUCAUGACAACUAGACAAGCGCUUGCAAUUCUAUUAUCCUGUCUUAUUUACGGACAUCCUGUUUCUGCAAUCGGAGGUUUAGGAAUCCUUGUCGUGUUUUUCUCACUGUUUCUUCGUAUCUACGCAAGAACAAGGAAAACUGCUCUUGCGAAACAACAAAAACCCAUCCCUUCACCGAACAAAGUGUAAAUGAAAGUACAUCCCGUUUAUAAUGAAUUGUCUUCCAAGCAGUACACAAUUUUCAUAUUGUUUGCCAUUUUUUUAAUGUUUAAGCUGCAAUAAGGUACAUUAUCUAAUAUUUUUAGAGGAAUUAGUGAAGAAGCAUAGCUUUAUAUUUCCAGUGUGUAGUGCCCCACAUGUGUUGGUACUCCGUUAAUUAAUUAGAAGUUAUGAGGUGAUUGGUAAAUAAUGUCCAUAACCUGCCAUGUCAUGCUUACCAUCUCCACCAUCAAGUUUUUAUAAUAUUCUCCAAUAUUUCAUUGAAUAAUUACGUUACUGUACUAUAUUUGAGCCAAUUUGAGAUUGCAUAUAUAACACAAGACACAUUGAAACAAUAUUAUACUCAAUCCUUCAUUGCUAUGUAAAUACAAUGUGUGAGUAAAAGUGGUUUGAACAUGUAAAGGUAUUUUUAGGUCUACCUCAAGACCUGUUUAAUAUAUUACAUCACAAAGCUGCAGAAAACGGCAGAUCCUGCUCUGAAAAAAAAUAACCCCUGUUUUAUUUACCAUGGCCAAAUAUUUCAAAAAAGUUUUUUUUCAGUAGAUAUGCUAUAGUUAUAUUAUAGUGCUAUUUAUAAUUUCCAUAUCACUGCUAUUAUUAGUAUUCAUUGCAACUAUUUUAUUUAUUUAAAAUUUUUUUGCUGCUCCUGCGUAAACAUACUUUAUUGAAGCUUACAUAUAUAUAUAUAUAUCAGUUAGACACUGAAAUUUAGCAAUAACGCAUAGAACACUAUAUUGUAAUUUAGUACUAAAUGUGUUAAUACAGAGGUUCUAAAACUUUUAUGAUCUAUUGCCAUUGCCCCUUUCCAAAAACUCAUUUAACAUGCCAUUUUAAUAAAAAAGUUGAAUAAAUGUAAAAAAAGCGCAGCAAAAUCACUGUACUUUAAAUGAAUAUUGUCACUGCAAAUGAUACAUGGAGAAGGCUUUUUUGGUUAGCAUAUAACCAGACGAGAGGCCGUGGUUCACCAUAUGAUUAAGCCGUCUUAUCGGCCCCCUCUCCCGGGAUAAAUAUAUAAAUCCUAUUCAUAUAAGCAAAAGACAAAAGUAUUGGUUUGAAUAUUUUCAUGCAUUUAUAGUUAAGAAGUGACAAUGUAUGAUUUGAGACGACUGCAUCCUGGAGUCCUUGCCAAGGGAUUUAUUUUUAUUAUCGAAUUCAUACACAUUUAGUUACUGAAUUAAUGAAGCAAAUGUUACUGAAGCAGAAUUUUUAUACAUAAUGUGUUGCAUGAAAAACGAAACAUAACUUCGAAGUAAACCUGAAUACGACUGUUUAAUCUUUUUUGUAUCAUCAAUUCAUAGUGCGAUUGGGCAUUAUCAGAUUCUAAUAUAAUAUUAUUCAUGGCCGUUUUAGGUCAAAUUG